AUGCGGGGUUUUCAGAUCGGAAGUGUAGCGUUCGCGCUCUUCUCCCUCGCUCUCUCUACGCCAUUGGCAAAGAGACAAGGUGGUUCGAAACUCGUCACUUUUGCGGAUGCAUUCGGCGGACAAUUUGGUGUCCGUAGAACAACUCUUCAAUGGACUUCCCAAGGCGAGGACGGUUCAUACAUUGAUGUCGACUCCUCCACUGGAGACUUGGUGAUUGCAAAUAUCGUCACUGGUAACUCUUCGACUUUCGUGAAAGCCAGUGAUGUGGCUCCUGAAGCCCAAGGUCCUGACGACUAUUCAAUUCAGCCAAGUGGUGAUCACGUGCUGUACACCACCAACUACAAGAAGCAGUACCGUCAUUCUUUCUUUGCGGAUUACUUUGUCUACAAUGUAGCAUCCAAGACGACUGUUCCUCUUGCUGCGGAUCAGAGCGGAGAUAUCCAAUACGCUGGUUGGUCUCCAGUUGGUAACACAAUUGCCUAUGUCCGAGGAAAUAACUUGUUUAUCUGGGUCAACGGUACCACGACACAAAUCACUAAAGAUGGAGGACCUGAUGUUUUCAACGCUGUCCCCGACUGGGUUUAUGAGGAGGAGAUCUUUGGUGAUUACAAGACCCUCUGGUUCUCGCCUGAUGGAGAGCAGAUUGCUUUCUUGAGAUUCGACGAGACUGGUGUUCCAACUUACAGUAUUCCAUACUACAUGGCUGGAAAGACCGUCGCACCACCAUAUCCAGAAUUCUUGGAUCUCCGUUAUCCAAAAGUAGGCGAGACCAACCCAACUGCCACGAUCCAUCUUCUGUCACUUUCAGAUCUUGCCGCAGGACCAAAGAAGAUCGAGUAUCAAUCUUUCGCUGCUGACGACUUGAUCAUUGGUGAAGUCGCAUGGGUUACCGAUGACCACUCCAACCUCAUUUUCAAGACAUACAACAGAGUUCAAGAUCAAGAGAAGCUUCUCUUGGUUGAUACUGCAACCGGUGCUGCCAAGGUAGUAAGAGAACGUAGCGAGGAAACCGGAUGGAUUGAGAACAACAUGGCCAUCACUUAUGUCGGAAAUGGAACAUACUUGGAUUUAUCCGAUACCUCUGGCUACCUCCACAUUUACCUUUACGAAAUUGGAGCUUCCACGCCAACCGCAGUCACCUCUGGUAAAUGGGAAGUCACCACUAUUCUCAACGUCGAUGCCGAGAGAAGAAAGGUCUACUACCAAUCUACUGAGCGUGACUCCACUGAGAGACACAUCUACUCUGUCAACUUUGACGGAACCGGCAAAAAGGCUCUUGUAAAUGACAAGGUGGAGGGAUACUGGACUGCCAGUUUCUCUGCUGGAGGAGGUUACUACAUCCUCUCGUACAACGGCCCCAACCUUCCAAACCAGAAGCUCUAUGCUUCUAACCCAGGAAACAGCACUAACAGCACCGUUGCCGUCCGUGGCAAUGUCCCAAUCAAGACCAUCAAUGACAACGCAGCACUUGCUGCCAAGCUUGCCCAGUACACCUUACCAAAGGUGUCAUGGAGCACCAUCAACCAUCCUGAUGGAUACAGCUUCAACGUCAUGGAGCGUCUACCAGCCAAAUUCGACCCAAGCAAGAAGUACCCCGUGAUCUUCGACCCAUACGGAGGACCCAACGCUCAACAAACCGCUAAAACAUUCCGACAAGUUGAUUUCCGCGCCUACCUCGCUUCCGAUCCCGAGCUAGAGUACAUCGUCCUCUCUGUCGACAACCGCGGAACCGGAUUCAAAGGUCGCGAAUUCCGCAACCCAGUAACGCAACAACUCGGCAAACUCGAAGCCCAAGACCAAGUCUACGCCGCCAAGGAGUGGGCAAAGAAGAGCUACGUCGACGCCGAACACAUCGCUAUUAUGGGCUGGUCAUACGGAGGCUACCUCGCCGCGAAGGUCGUCGAGACCAACACCGACGCUUUCUCCUUCGCCAUCAUCACCGCGCCCGUUUCCGACUGGCGAUUCUACGACUCCAUGUACACGGAGCGCUACAUGAAGAACAUCACCAACUCCGACGGCACCAACGGCACGGCAUCUUACUACGAGACUUCCGUGCACGACGCGACUGGUUUCAAGGCCAUCCGUGGUGGGUUCCUCAUCCAACAUGGUACCGGAGAUGAUAACGUGCAUUUCCAGCAUUCAGCUGUUUUGGUUGAUACCUUGACCAGAGGCGGUGUUGGGCCGAUGAAGAUGAAUACGCAGUGGUUUACGGAUAGUGAUCAUAGUAUUAAUUUCCAUGGUGCUACUGCGUUGGUGUAUAAGCAGAUGGCGAAGUAUCUUUGGUUGGAGAAGAAUCGCAAGGCUGGGGAGUCGGUACAUCAGUUUUCGAAGAGGGGACUGGAGAUGCCUGGAUUGGAGUGA